AUGACAUCAGAAAGAGAUUCAGAAGCGUCCGAGGUCAUGCUCGAAUCAAUAGACGAGCUUAAAGAGAGGCUUUCAUCCAUGAAGCGCCUGAUGGAAGAACGGAAGGCAGCAGGUUCUGGCACCAAGGAACUAUUCCACGGUGAAGCCAGGAGCCUGCGAGGCACCACCAUGAUUGACGGCAACUUCUUAAGUUUUGUCUUCGGCGCGUCCGAGGAUAUGCUCGAAUCAAUAGACGAGCUAAAACAGAGGCUUUCAUCAAUGAAGCGCUUGAUGGAAGAACGGAAGGCAGCAGGUUCUGGCACCAAGGAACUAUUCCACGGUCAAGCCAAGAGCCUGCGAGGCACCACCAUGAUCGACGGCAACUUCCUAAGUUUUGUCUUCGGCGGUACCUUUUUCGUUAUCGUUAGUGUAUCUGUUUACGCCUUUUAUAACCUAUAUUUCGCUGUAUUAAAAAAAUUCCCAUCUGUUCACACCGAACUGUAA